AAGAGAUAUUUUUUACUGGUGCAUUGUAUCGUUCGCCUCGUUUUGGAACCGAGAAGUCAACAAAAUCAUUUUUUGAGCUGCAACUUCAACAAAAAGUCACUCUCUGAUUUAAUUUUGACCAAAGCUACAAGUUUUUUGUCUUCAAGUUUAACUAUUUUGUCAAGAUUGGUUGAAUUUCGCUUUGCCGAAAAAAGACGAAAGUCAAACAAGAGUUCUGGCGGCUAGAAAACUUAAAACUCUAGAUCAACUGCAAAAUAUCUUAAAAUUCUAGAUCACCUUCUAAAAAUCCUAAAUUUCAACAUCACCUUCGAGUUUUGGUUUUACUGUGUGUUCAUUUUUCCGAGAUGAAGAUCUGCAUUUUCUCUUUGGCUGAAUCUGGAUUGAUGAAGUCCAAGAUGACAGUUCAUCUGGUUUUUUUGGCACUGAUGAUUUGCAAAUGUUCGGCUGGCUCAACCGGCAGUACGACAGACGACGGUGGAAUUGGAUUCGAAUUCGAGUGCCACUCCUCGUCUCUUCAUUUGUGCGAGCCAGUGCAGACCUGUUUCGAUAACCGGGACUGUACAAUUAGUGGCCAGUUCUGCUGUGGAUCAGCGUGUAUGGCCACAAAUGAACAGACAUGUCAGCCACGAGAGUUCACAUUUUUGGUUCCUCUGACAGCUGUGAUCGGAACCCUCUGCCUUGUGCUCAUAGUCUACAUUGUCUUCAGAUGCAACGCUCAAAGAUUGUGUCACCCUGAUGAGGAACAACAUAACUUGCACUCCAGAGUUGUGGGCUUUGUCCGCAAUGUGACCAGUGCCGACGACAUCAACCAGAGGAAUCUGCAGCCAGCAUCUGUUAUCGGGAUGACCUUGAAUGUAAACGACUUCCACGCCACAGCUCAACCUCAGCCUACAGAGGAUGACGAAUUGAAGCCUAGACUGCCCAAGUACUCUUUAAACCUACAAGAUGCGGUCGUGCCAGAAGCUCAUUAUGUCAUGCGAUUUGCCGAACCACCAAACAGCCGAAGAACAAACGACUUAACAACCCAUGAGCCAGAUGAAGCACCGCCGGCGUACAACAUUCCAGGCACGCCAGAAAUAAGAAGGGAAUUGAACCAGCAAAACGAUACUGGUUCGCCACCAGACUACCAGUCAUCAAUCAGUACAAUAAGCAGCACACAAAUCGAUGACUCAGUCGUGUAUCAGUACGCCAUGCCGCCUCCGUCUUAGUUUUCAAAAAGGCAUUUUAUGAGGAACCAAUUAAGACUGAAACAGUCAAAAAGUAAUCAAUGUCAUUGCUUCGCGUGCUAAUUUCUAA